GAUCCCGAUCCAAAUGGAUCCUAGCAGCCGCGUCUUGAUGAGCCGGAUCCAAGGCGAUCCGCUCCGGGUUUUGUGCGGCGUCGACCACCGCCUCCACCACCACCACCGCCUUCACCUCCUCAGGCAACCGUGGGGGGUCGUCACGGCAACCCGGAGCGGCACGCGCCGAUCGGGAUCCGGACCAAGCUUUGAAACGGGAUCCACGCCGGGUUUUGGAUCGGGAGCCUCGGCGCCUCCGCCCGCUGGGCCGUUCGCGAAUCCCGGGGCGGAUCGCCGCCACGCGGGAGGAUCGGAUCGCGUUAGCGCGACGCCGAGGGCUGAAUCCGCUUCGGGUUUUGGCUUCGGCACGGGGAUCCACUCGCUGCUUGCCGAGGCGGUGAACUCGGCUCGGAUCAGAUCCGGGUCUGCUUCUGGUUUUGGCUACGGGAUUGGAUCGGGAUUCGGAUUUGAAUCCGUCUCCGGGCUAGGAUCUGGUUCUGGUUUUCCUGCCGGGAUUGGACCUGGAUCCGGAUUGGGAUCUGGAUUUGAAUCUGGAUUGGAAUUUGGAUCGGGAUUGGGAUCUGGAUCGGGAUUUGGAUCGGGAUUGGGAUCUGGAUCCGAUUGGUCAUCCGCUCCGGGUUUUGGCUCCAGGGCGGAGCCGGUGCUGGCAGUGAUCGACGCUGAGGAGAGGCGCAGUGAAUCAGAGGAGAAACUCGAAUCCUAUAUGAGUCGUGUAGGAGCAUUGAGGACCUCCUGCAAGGAGGACGUGGAGCUGUUGGUGGAGCUCAUUGAGGAUCUCACUGCUGAGCGAUGGAAUCCCGUCGCCUGGGACUCAGCAAAACGAAAACUUCAGGAAGCCACAAAGCAGGUUCUGCCACUGGAGAUCCAAAACGCCCGUCUCAGUCUGGCCGUGCAGCAAACGCAGAGCUCCGCUGAUGACUACAAAGUGAGGAUGGAGGGUGAGUGUUUGCUGCGGGUGGAUGUUGAAAGGCGGCUGGCUGACGUCCACCGAUGGGUGGACGACUUCUCCAGCUCACGCCCCGAGUUGGAGUCUAAGGUGGAGCGACUCCGUGAGAAGUUGUCCACCCUGCAGAGGGAGCACUUACAGGCACAGGCUGUGAUUCUCUCACAGCUGCUCAGCAGAGACCUCUGGCGUGGCCACGAGCUCCCUCUGCUGUCUGCACAGGCUGUGAUUCUCUCACAGCUGCUCAGCAGAGACCUCUGGCGUGGCCACGAGCUCCCUCUGCUGUCUGUGGAUCCGAGCGAGGCUCUGGGUGAGGCUCUCAGAGCCGGCCUGGCUUACGUGAAGAGCCACGCCUCUGGUACGACCACAACUACCCAGCUCAGCGUGGAGUCUGGGGUUGACAACCCCAUGGUGCUGAGAGCCUUGGCCGACCGUCUGAGGCAGCGGAUCGAGCAGCUCAACUACAAGAAGCAGAUUCUGCGGCAAUCUCUCUCGUCACAAUCAGCUCCACAAUCAUCGUCACAAUCAUCAUCACAAUCAUCAUCACAACCGCAAUCAUCAUCAUCAUCACAAUCAGCUCCACAAUCAUCGUCACAAUCAUCAUCACAAUCAUCGUCAUCAUCAUCAUCGGCGGCGGCUCCACUCAUCGCUGCAACCGAAGCCGCCUCCUCCGUCCUGGAGGCGGAGCUCCGCGCCGUGCGGGCCCAGGCCGCCACGGAGCUCCGCGAGGGGGACCUCGCCCUGAGGCUGCGCUCCCUCCUCCUCCGUGAGGCCGCCGCCUUCAGGAGGCAGCUGCAGCCCCUCGGUGGAGGCGGAGCGCAAGGAGGCCGGCUCCUGGCGGAGCUCCGUCGACCGCCAUCUCCUCCUCUGCCCAGAGACCCAGGUUGCCGUGUGCCGGAGCGAGCGAUCCACAUCACAACGCAGGAGAUCAGUGACGGGCGAAUUGUGUCUGAGACGGUGGAGCUUACAGACUCCACUAGCACCUAAUAGUACCAGCUAGUACUACUAACUAGUACUAGUAGUACUAGUAC